GGACUGGCUUUCGGACUGGCCAGGAGGAUGUCGGCCUCCCUGAGCAGCCAGGCCACGUUUAUGCACGUGCUCGUGGCCCUCUUUGGGAUGGGCUCCUGGGUCUCUGUGAACUCCCUCUGGGUGGAGCUUCCGGUGGUUGUGAAGAGGAUGCCAGAAGGCUGGAACCUCCCCGCCUAUCUGACGGUCCUCAUCGCCCUGGGAAACGUGGGCCCCGUGACCGUGACCCUGGUCCACCACUUUGCCCCCAAGAGGCUGAAGGAGCAGUGGCUGAUCCACGCCAUUCAGGCCUUGGCCACGGUGACAACGCUCUUCCUCGCCCUCUUCUGGGACCGCGUGGCCGUGGUAGCGGGCAAGCCACACAGCGUGGCCUUCCUGGUGCUGGUCUUUCUGCUGGCCUUGGCCUGCUGCACCUCCAACGUCUCCUUCCUGCCCUUCAUGUACCAGUUUCCCCAGGGGUUCAUCCGCACCUUCUUCGUCGGCCAGGGCCUUGGCGCUCUCCUCCCCUGCAUGCUGGCCCUGGGCCAGGGCGUGGGGCAGCUGGAGUGCCUCAACGGCACCCAACCUAACACUUCCCGGCCGCACUACCAGGAGGAGAACUUCUCGGCCAGCACGUACUUCUGGCUGCUGGUUGCCCUGCUGCUCCUUUCUGCACUUGCCUUCCUGGCACUAGUCUGGCGCAGCCACCAUCGUGCCCCAGAAGAGAGGACUCCUUCCAAGGAGAGCGUGGAGGCCGAGGAGGCCUACCCACUGCACACCGACGGCGCACCCGCCUCAGAUCGCACUGCUGAGGGCAUCCCUGGCGGGAACUUCGCCCCUCCCCGAGCUGCUAUCUUCUGGACCAGGAGGAAUAUCUACCUGCUGGUGCUCCUGGGUGUCUCUAACGCCCUGACCAACGGGGUGCUGCCUUCGGUGCAGAGUUAUUCCUGCCUGCCUUAUGGGAACACAGCCUACCACCUCUCCGUGGUGUUCAGCAAUAUUGCCAACCCUGUGGCCUGCUUCUUCGCCAUGUUCUUCCUCUGUCGGUCCUCCCUGGCCCUGAGUGCCAUCUCAGCUGCAGGCUGUGUCUUCGGGGGCUACCUGGUGACACUGGCAGCCCUCAGCCCCUGCCCCCCGCUUCAGGGCAGCCACAUGGGAGUCACCCUUGUGGUGACCGCUUGGAUCUUCUUUGUGGGCCUCUUUUCCUACCUGAAGGUGGUGAUCAGCAGCUUGCUGCAUGAGGCUGGCCACACGGCCCUGCUCUGGUGCGGCGGCGUCAUCCAGGCAGGCUCGCUGGUGGGGGCCUUGGUCAUGUUCCCCCUCACCAGCCUCUACCACCUCUUCCAGAGAGGGGCGGACUGCGUGGACAAGUGCAGGGCAUGAGCGCGGCUGGGCCAGGCAGGGCCCGGGUGGGCGACUCCACCCCACAGCUCUGCUUCCCAGGGCCGUUUGCUCUAGCACUUGGGCAGAGGGAACCCAUCCAGACCCCUCUCGGGAUGGUGCUGGGGCGGGGAGAGGAUCCUCUGCCCUCUCUGCAGCUGGAGGCAAGUUGGCCUUCCCCCCUGGUCCUCCCCCCUUGGACCAAGCAAGGACUCCAUUCCAGCCAGGUGAAGUGGUGCUCCCCAGGUUUCUGGGAUCCUCCUGCUGCUCUUGGGCCAAGGCAGGGGGAGAGCAGAAGGCGUCCCUUCCAGCCCAUCUUUGCCAGCCUAGCCUUGGCAAGCAGCAGCAUCCGGGUCCCCGGGGAGUUCUCGUCACCAUCCUGGAACCAUUAGGAGGGACUCCAAGGCUGGGCGCAUCCCAUCUGCAGCUUCUGCUUUGGGGGCUGGUUUGUCCUUACAGGAGGGGUGCCACUUCCUCUCCCCCCAAGCCUUGGCAGCAGCGGGGCCUUCCAAGGAAACCAGGCUGGCCCGGUGAGCGCCCGCGUCAGGGAUCCUCGGCCCUGAGCCUCUUUGCUGCACUCAAGAGAGGUGGGGCGGGGCUGCGGAUCCAGGUUUCCACUCAAUGCUUGGGUGAACUUUGCCGAUGGCAGGGGCUGGGAACAGGCUGCUCCUCAGGUGGAGCAGCGCCGUGAUAGAUCACAGGCGCCUCUCGGGGUGACCCUU